AUGGAUUCCGCUGAGUGGGAUUGUCUUGAUGAAAAUACGGCCGAGGAAGCUUUAACUUGCGUUUCUGUUGCGACUGGUGCGAAAUGUCUAAGCACGUCACAAAUUGCACAAUGUAACGGGCUUGUACUGCAUGAUAGCCAUGCUGAAAUACUCGCCCUUCGUGCAUUUAAUCACUGGCUUCUCGAAGAAUGCAAGUCUGCUCUAACUCACUACAAGGAGAAGCACAUCAAUUGUUCAUGCAUUGGCUCACCUUAUGAUGGAACCCUCAAUUAUAAGGGUCCAUCUACCUGUUCUGGGUCAAGAUUCUUGCAAUGGAAUCCGGAAAGCGUCGAAAGGAUAGAAAAUUCUCGAGAUUCCAAAGAUGGAAACCUACAGACAUCAAUGCCCUGGCCUCCUUUUCGGAUAAAAGAAGAUGUAAAUAUAUGGAUGUACUGCUCAUGUGCGCCUUGUGGAGAUGCCAGCAUGGAGUUAUGCAUGGCGGCACAGGAGGACGCUACGCCAUGGGAUCUACCUGUUCCCGAAUCUGGAGAUUCAGAAACCUCGACUGAACCCCCGCAUGCGUUGCUAAAUGGCAGGGCUCACUUUUCAAUCCUUGGUGUAGUUCGCCGAAAGCCUUCCCGGGCAGAUGCAGAAUCAACUCUGAGCAAGUCAUGCUCGGAUAAGCUUGCCUUGAAACAGGUGACAUCAAUUUUAUCCUUCCCUACAAGCCUGCUUGUCGCACCAACUUCCAAUGCGUAUAUAUCCAAUAUCAUUCUGCCGGAGGAUGAAUUGAAUCGCGUGGGAUGCAAUAGGUCUUUUGGUAAUGGGGAAACAGGUCGUAUGCGGGCCCUAAAUAGCUGUGUAUGGGAGACUAAGUCUACAGCUGAUGAAAUCUUUACAUUUCGCCCAUUUAGGGUCAAUUCAUUACCAAUGGAAGUUUUCAAGACAAUAUGGAAGUACGGGAAACCCACAGCUAAAUUGCCGGAAGAGAAGGUGAAAACUGGGAAUGUAUCAGCGGUCUGGACGGCAUCUCCGUCGUUUUCAUUACGACCACCUUUCACGGCAAAGGGAAACGAUGUCCCUCGUUUCCCCGAGCCAGAAUGGCACAAAGCAUACAUUAAAACGGCACCGACAAACCUCAAUGAAACUUUGAUAAAUGGUGUUAAACAAGGCUAUCGUUUGAACUCGCCUGGGUUUAAAAAGGCCAGUGCAUUAUCUCGAGCUAGAAUGUGGGCUCUUCUGCGCGAUGUCUUCUAUAUCUUGGAUGGGUGUGGUGUCAUGCCAGAUCGGGGCGAGAAUGCCUGUAUCUCGAAUUUGACUCAAAUUGUCCUCUCGGCUCCGUCUUACGAUUCCUUGAAAUACAUGGCUGCUAGGACGGGAAACUUGCAUGCUCGAGCCCAGGUGUUGACGGAUGCGAGGCUUGUCCUCAAGAACUGGAUUCAGAACCAUGGUGAUGGGGCUUGGGGUUUGAGUGUAUUUGAUAUUCCGAUGAAAGAAAAGGUUGCCAGGCCAGAAACCACCAGAGUGGGUUAG